CUUCUUUUCUGAGAGACAGGAUGUGCAAUUUUUUACAGAAUUAUAUCAUUUAGAGUCUCUACCUCUUCCCCUCAGUUUUAUUCCCAUUUUCAUUCCUAUUUUCCUGUUAUUUUUCUCCUUCCUCUCCUUUUGCUCACAUACAGCCAUUAAGAUCUUUGCUCUCAUUGGAAGUAUUGUGAGCUAUUGUGAAUUUCUAAUUAAUAAAAACACAGCGGAAGGUCUGUACUUUUGCUUCUGUUUUCUCUCAACCGCCUAAUCAUUCUACUUUUGCCUAGUUGAGUCUGGGAAAAGCCAGACUUGAAGAAGUGCUCUAUGUAGCUCAAAAGCAUGUCUCUUUCUCUUACAGAAGUUGGUCCAAUAAAGAUAUUACCUCACCCACCUUGUCUCUAAUAGUUGGGACCAACAUGGCUACAACAAUACUGCAAGUAACAGUGGAAAGUCUCUACUUUUACUUCUGUGCUCUUUCACUUCCUAAUCAUUUUACUUUUGCCCUAUUUGUUGUUUUAUUUGCAGUAUUUACUCCAAAAGUCUCAAAUAUUGUAUGUGAGCCCAGUAUCCCUGAGAGUGGGGAGGCCGUCACAUUAUCUUGCCAGGUGACAGAUUACCACCCAGCAGAGUGUCAGGUGCGCUGGAUGAGAGGCUUUGAAGAACUCACCGAGGCUGCAAUUAAAACCCAGGACCCUCAACUUGAUACAGCAACAAAUCUGUACCACAGAGUAAGCCAGGUGACAUUUACACCUGAACCUGAGGACCAUGCAGUAGAGUUCACUAUUGAAGUCAUCCAUUGCAACAGAAGUACAAAGAAGUCCCAUCCCCUCAUGUUAAAAGGUUUCCCAAGAAUUACAAGUAUUGUUCUUAGUCCAAAUGAUGUGGAGUAUGGAAAACCCCUUUCUCUGACCUGCAAAAUCAUGGAUUUCUAUCCCAACGAUAUUCAAGUCCGGUGGUUUCAGGAGAACGAUGAAAUCAAGAAGGGUUCAUCAGUACAAGAGCCAAAGCAGGAUACAAGGGGCCUUUUCUGCACAUCUUCUGCUCUUCAGCUAAUACCCUCUGCUCGAGAUUAUGGCAGAAAGAUUGGUGUAAUGGUGAUGCACAAGACUCUGACAAAGCCCAUUAGAAAAAAUGUGUAUCUAAAACUCCCAGCAAAGUCUCCUGCCGUUUCUAAGAUUAGAGCAACACCCACAUCACUGAAGGUCAAUGAGACUGUCUGUCUUGAAGUUUCCAUAUCAGAUUUUGCGCCGGAAAAUAUAAAAGUUGCAUGGUAUAAAGACUGGUCAGAGUUACCUAAAGACAACCAUAACAUAGAUACUCAAAUUGGAAAAAAUGGUUUAUGUUUCUCUACACUGAAAACACAAUUUACUAUUAAUGCAUCUGAUAAUGGAAAAAUGUUCAGAUGUGAGGUUAUUCAUCCAGCAACGAACUCCUGCACAGAGAAAAGGUUUAUAUUGAAACUCGAUGAUUUUUCUACCAGCACUGGAGAUAUCCAGUCAGAGUAUGUAUAUCAGAACUACACAUUGA